UUGUAUUUAAUGGGAUAUUUUGAAGUCUAACCAACAUUUCAGGAUAUAAAUGAAAGUGAAUCAUCAAAUGAUGAACCAAUGAAAGUGAUUUUACUUUUGGUGGAUGCAUUAAGAAUUGAUUUAUUUGCAAAUAAAAACUUUAGUUUCUAUGGAGAUAUGAAAGAAAAUAAAGAAGAGUAUUAAAUUUUAUAUUAUGGAAUCUCAUCUACUCCAACAGCAACUUAAUUAAAUUUGAAAUCUAUAACGACAGGAAAUUUUCCAGCAUUUGUAGAUUUCGGGUCAAAUAUGGCAGCUCAAGAAUUAAAAGAAGAUAAUAUAAUCUAUUCUAUGAAAAGAAAUAAUAAAAAGAUAGCAUUAUUAGGAGAUGACACUUGGUUUCAUAUGUUUCCAAAAUCAUUUGAUUACAAAUAUGUUUCUGAAUCAUUUGAUGUUAGAGAUGUAGAUUCUGACGAUAAUAUUAUUAUCAACAAUAUUGAAGAAUUAAUGAAAGAAAAUUAAUAUGAUUUUAUUGUUGGACAUCUUCUUGGAAUUGAUCACUCUGGUCAUAGUUAUAACGAUAGUAAUAAAUCUCUUUGGAAGAAAUAGAAAUAAUAUUCAAAUCUAUUAUAUAGGAUAUAUAAAAAAAUGGAUAAUAAUACAAUGUUAUUUGUAGUUGGUGAUCAUGGAAUGUCACCAGAUGGUAAUCAUGGUGGAGAUAGUUCUCAUGAAGUUAGCUCUACUAUUUAUGGAAUUAAUAAAAAGUAUAAAUUUAAUAAAAACUUAUUUAAUUAAGUUAUUAAAAAUAAACGAUAUGUAAAUUAAUAAAUUCUCGAUCGAAAUUUGUUUGCUCGAUAAGUAUAUAGCAUUAAUUUAGCUCCAACUAUCUCAUAUUUAAUGGGAAUAUCUAUGCCUUUUAGUAAUAUGGGAGCAAUUUUAACUGAAAUGAUUAAUACAAAAGAAUAGUAAGAAAAUAGUUGCAAGGAGAACUUAAUUUAAAUUAUGAAUUACUUAAAUAAAUUAACUAAAUCGUAGAGUGCUUUAGAUAUAAACUUAUAAAAAUAUGAAGAAAAGUUAUCAAGUCCUAAAUUAAAUUGCUAAAAUAUUUAGGAAUUGAUAUUGGAAUUAUAGGUUGAAAUCAAAGAAAAAGCUAAAACUCAUGAUUAUUAUUUUUUAUAUCUUGGUGUGUCCAUGAUGAUCAUUUUAUUUGCUUUUCAUCUUAUCAAAUUAAUGGAAUACCUUUUUGAUAAAAAACUUUCAAAUUAAAAUCCUUAUUUAAUUUAUAGGUUAGAGUUCUUAAUCAUAAUUAUGCCUCUUGCUAUUAUUAUUUGUUUACUAUUUUCUCUUUAUUUAUCAAUUAAAUUUAUUUCAUUUUAUUUAAUAUUUGCAAUUAUGAAAUAAAUAGUAUUACCCCUAACUUAUAUUGAAAAUUUAAAACUUAUUGUUUAUAAAGUUAUGAAUCCAUUGCCACAUUAUAGAUAAUACUUUAUGAUUUUUACGAAUAUAAUAGUUUAAAAGGGUAUCCAAGAAUUAUCACUCAGACGUUAAUUUGUUUAUUCAUCAAAUAUAUUUGGAACUUUAUUAAAUAUCUUCAUCAUUAUUUUGAUAACUCAUUUUAGAUUGAUAAAAUAAAUUUAGUAUGUUAUUAUAGCUUUAUCCUUCUUAAUUUUAGCAGAAUAAUAUAAUAUUCCAUAAUUAACUACAUAACCUUAAUCAGCUUUAAUUUUUAACUCGAUCAAUUAUAUUUUUUAAUCAUUUUGGAUAAAAUUUAUUCUACCUAUAAUUUUUGUGUAAAAAAUACUUUAUAAACUAAAUUUUAAGUAUUAUUAUUUUAUAUAUAUAUAGAAUAUACUUUUAUAUCUUUUUAGGUUUAGCCUAGUUCAUAUAUUUUUUUAAUAAUUGUUAAGCAUUUAAUAACCUAUUAACAGAAUUAUUUGAAAGUCAUUUAAAAAUAUUAACAAUCUAUCUUCCUAUGUUUUUAUACAUAUGUUCUUUAGUAAUGAUUGCUAUUUUUAGAGAUUUUAGUUAUUGUAAUUAUUUUAAUUAAUAAUAGUUUUUUUAAUCAUAUUAACUGUCUCUGGAAAAUAGGGAAUGAUGGUGUAUUGCUGUUUAUUUUAUUCAAUUUAUUAUUUGACUAAAUUCUAUUUGAAAAUUGAAAGGGCUUGGCUACCUCUUAUAGCUGGAGCAACAAUACAAUUAAUUUUGAAUUAUAGUUGGUUUUGUUUAGGUCAUAGAAUGUCAUUUAGUAAUGUUAAAUUUUAAGAUGCUCUUAUUGGUUCUGAGAACUUUAAUGUAUUAUUUAAUACUACCUUAUUAAUAAUAAGCAUUGUAAUAUAAUUAAAAUAAAUUUAGUUUGGUGUGUUUGCAACAUUAGAUAUAAUUAAGAAAAUUACUUUGCAUGUAUUGAAAAAUGAUCAAAAUAUAGAUUGCAAAUUUGCUGUUUAUUAUUUUAAUAAUAAAAUAAUUGAUUCAUUAAUAGUAAUUUAAUUUUCUUAAAUAACUUUUUCUGCUCUUCAUAGUAUGAGAAACUUGUAUCACCUACGAGUAGUAGAAUUAUUUGCAGAAAAAUUAGUUUAUGAAUCCAUAAUUUUUAUUGUGAUUAUAUUGGUUAGAUCACUUGGCAUAAUAUUAGAAAGAUUUGAUCCUUAAUAAAAGAAUGAAUAAUAUUUUCAAUAGUAUCAAACAAUUACAAACGAUUUGAAAGAUCAAAAUAAUGAGUGA